AUGUCAAGGGUGUUGGAGCCUCUCAUUGUGGGGAAAGUGAUAGGUGAGGUGCUGGACCAUUUCAACCCCACGGUGAAGAUGGUGGUCACCUACAACUCCAACAAGCAGGUCUUCAACGGACACGAGUUCUUCCCUUCGGCAGUCGCCGCCAAGCCGCGUGUUGAGGUCCAAGGGGGCGACCUCAGGUCCUUCUUCACAUUGGUGAUGACUGACCCUGAUGUUCCAGGACCUAGUGAUCCAUACCUGAGGGAGCACCUUCACUGGAUUGUUACUGAUAUUCCUGGGACUACUGAUGCUUCUUUUGGGAGAGAGGUGGUGAGCUACGAGACCCCAAAGCCAAACAUUGGCAUCCACAGGUUCAUCUUUGUGCUGUUCCGGCAGAAGCGCCGGCAAGCUGUGAACCCGCCGUCGUCCAAGGACCGCUUCAGCACCCGCCAGUUCGCUGAGGAGAACGACCUCGGCCUCCCCGUCGCCGCCGUCUACUUCAACGCGCAGCGCGAGACCGCCGCCCGCCGGCGCUAA